AUGGUCGUGCUUACAACACAGCCGAUGGAUUUAAUGGCAAAAUCAGCAAUGUUCGCUAUUUCAACCGGCGUCUAUGUGCCGAAGAAUUAUAUCAUAAACCUUGACAUUGUAAUACUUCAUUAUGAACUUGCAAAGGUUGUUGGAAAUGGACAGGUAGUAGACAUAAAAAAUGACGUUUAUACUGUCAUUGAAGCUUAUGGUACAAGUGUAAGCGCGGGAAGUCCCGUGUCCUUUAAUACCAUUGUCGAAUUUAAACAUCAAGCGACAGGAGGAAUAAAUCGUGACGAUGACUGGCUCAUUCGACGCUUUAGUUCAAACACUUCUAAAGAUGACCCUGAUUAUUUGUUGGAUGGUGAUAUAAUCAGCUUAAUUCAUGACAAUACCGAUAAGCCAGCACUUUAUAGCCAUCUCAUGUUAUUUAGUGAUGGAUCUCAAGAAGUUUCCUGUCAUGAAAAUGGAUAUGAUGAAAAUAAUAUGUGGCGUAUUGAAUUAAUUGAUGAUUCGUAA